AUGGAUGAUGCCGCAGUCCUAAGGAAGAAGGGUUACAUCGUGGGCAUCAACCUGGGCAAGGGCUCAUACGCAAAAGUCAAAUCCGCCUACUCCGAGCGCCUCAAGUUCAACGUGGCCGUCAAGAUCAUCGACCGCAAGAAGACGCCCAUGGACUUUGUGGAGAGAUUCCUUCCCCGGGAGAUGGACAUCCUGGCGACCGUCAACCACCGUUCCAUCAUCAAGACCUACGAGAUCUUUGAGACCUCCGACGGCCGUAUCUACAUCAUCAUGGAGCUCGGAGUUCAGGGCGACCUACUCGAGUUCAUCAAGUGUCGGGGGGCCCUGCGUGAGGAUGUGGCACGCAAGAUGUUCUGGCAGCUGUCCUCAGCCGUCAAGUACUGCCACAACCUGGACGUCGUCCACCGAGACCUCAAGUGUGAGAACCUUCUCCUCGACAAGGACUUCAACAUCAAGCUGUCCGACUUCGGCUUCUCCAAGCGCUGCCUGCGGGACAGCAGCGGGCGCAUCAUCCUCAGCAAGACCUUCUGUGGGUCGGCGGCGUACGCGGCCCCCGAGGUAUUGCAGGGCAUCCCCUACCAGCCCAAGGUGUAUGACAUCUGGAGCCUGGGCGUGAUCCUCUACAUCAUGGUCUGCGGCUCCAUGCCCUAUGACGACUCGGACAUCAAGAAGAUGCUGCGCAUCCAGAAGGAGCACCGUGUGAACUUCCCACCCUCCAAGAACCUGACAGGCGAGUGCAAGGACCUUAUCUACCGCAUCCUGCAGCCGGACGUCGACCAGAGGCUGCACAUCGACGAGAUCCUCAGCCACUCAUGGUUGCAGCCCCCCAAGCCCAAAGCCGUGUCUUUGGCCUCCUUCAAGAGGGAGGGUGAAGGCAAGUACCGGGCUGAGUGCAAACUGGACACCCAGCCGGACUUGCGGCCCGAGCACCAGCCUGAGCACAAGCUGGGGGCCAAGACCCAGCACCGGCUGCUGGUGGUGCCCGAGAACGUGGACAGGAUGGAGGACCGGCUGGCUGAGACCUCCAGGGCGAAGGACCAUCACGUCUCCGGAGCCGAGGUGGGGAAGGCGAGCACCUAG